UGUGUGUGUCAGUCGGCGGCUCCUGCCGGCUCUCCUCGGCUGCUCAUUGCCGGUCUUGGAGCCUCUUCCGCGCCACUAGGGUCCCGGGGAAACCCGGCGCUGGGCUUGGAACUGCUGCUGCAGCUAAUCCCCGCGGCGGAAGCGCUGCAACUGCCGGUGCUCCGCCGCUGCUUGUGCCUCUGCGGCUACUGACGUCGCGGGAACCCUGCAGUCAGCUAGAGAUGCGCCGGGCCGCGGGUCUGCCUCGCCGCCCCUUCGGCUCUGCCUCCUGCCCCCGCCUCCCGCGCUCGCUGGCUCGGGCCGCUCGUCCUCCGCCUGCCUGCCCUCCCCGCGUCCUUCAGGCGGGGGGAUGCGGGCGAGGGCGGCGCGUGGGAAUCCCCCGCAGGAACAGCGCCCUCGCUCCAAGCCGGCCGGGCCUACGUGGCUCGGCGGGUGGCAGCGACCCACGGUCUUCCUCCACGGGGCGAGCCGGUGUCGCUUCGGGCGCCCAGUCGCCGGUUGUGGCUCUCCGGCUUCAGCCUCGGCGGUCCCGGCGACCCGCGAUUCGGGACCGGUUUCUUUGGGCAAGAAGUGGUGGAAGGAGACCCAGACGGUUUCGACCGCAGCGGCCGAUUCGGGUUGGCAGCGAUGCGACCUCCGCGAAAGAGGGAAAUUCCUCCUUGCCUGCAGUUGGCCGGCAAAGUUGGGUGAACAAAGCGGCGCGGUUCCCCCUUUUUGCGGCAGAAGGCGCGCAACCAGCAGUGACAGCAACUGUUAUGAAUUCCUCUGGACAGAACCAAAGUGAAAUCAACUCUGACAAAGCCGCGACCAAGCCGAGAAAUGCGGAAACGGAGACUCGCUGCAUCUAUCCUAAUGAGAGGCGGGAGAGGAAUCAGAUUUACACCCUUUUGAGCAUCAGCAAUAGUGCAAAUGAGCAAGAGGAAAGGCCCUUGGAGUGUGCGUAUGGAACGGGAUGGGAGGAAGCAGUGCAAAGCUGGAGCAAAACCGCCCCGUUUGCUUACCUUCAAUUACAAAAGAGAGCCCGAAAGUCCAAGACAAGUGAGUCCCUCAACAGAUGCCUCUACUGCUUAGAUUUGACGCAAGGUGUGGACCCGGAGCCCAAAAAUAUUGUCCAAGUCAAGUCUGAUUUCAAACUCAACCUAAGCGCUGCCAAGGGCAGCCCUCCAGAAAACCAGACUUUGCCUUACUCUAAUUCAGUCACAACUACUGCUACGACUACUUCUGCAACAGAUGAGCCCAAGAAAGAAACGGAUGAUAGCAAAUUGCACUCUCUUCAGAUGUCCCAAGGAGAAAAGAAAAGAAUGGUCUUAAGAGAAGCCCAAGCUUCCCUGAGUGAAAAAAAGCUGUUUCUCCUGAAAGAGAAUCUGCUGUUCCCAGCGGAAAAGAAACCGGUGCCAAUAAAGGAAUAUAACAUUCUGUCACCGGGAAAGCCCCAAAAUCUAGAAACAGUCAAGGCCAAAGAGAUAAGGAACCACGAGCCUCUUCUGUGGAAUCAGUCGGGCACUGAAAUCACUACUAAGUCAUCAUUGGUCCUGCCGCCCCUGAAGGAUGCAGCGCUCAAACACAGCUUGGAUAACUCUCCAAAGAAAAGUAAGGUAGUUAAUUCCCAGGCCAGUGAGAAAACCUUCCAUGCUUUUGCAGAGACGGUGUCCUGCCCUCAGUUUGUAAAACCCAAGCAGCUCAAGGGCGAGACGAGGAUAGACGCCGUGUACAAUGCGGUGAAGGAGCAGAUAAAAAUGCACGAGAUAGCCUCCGCUUUUGUACCGAGGCUUGCCAAGACUUCCCUCCUCUCGAGGCGUUUGGAUCGGGGCUACUGGCACUGUGGUUUUUUGCCGGAGAGGAAAAGUCUAACCUUGAGCAGUUCAGUUCAACUGAGAAGACACGGGCAUCUCCACAGCAGCCAUUCCCUGCACGUGAAAGGAACCCACGCCGGCAAAGCCAAUGAAAUUAGGAGCAGGAGUUACAAUGGAAGCAAACAGGAAGGAAGUCAGGCCAAAUCUCUGGACAUCCCACUGCUUUCUGGACUGUUCCCUUCCUUAACGGUCAGCCGGAUUGGGUUAACAGCAUUGCCUUCUAGGCUGACCUGACUUUCUUAAUGUGUAGUUUAGUGUUGAGACGUUAAUAGAUAUGGUUGGCUCGCUCUGUACGAGAACAAAUACGGAAGAAGGUUCCCUAUUAAGCAGACUGGAUUGUUGUUAUUAUCAUCCAUGUUCAGAGGCAACCUCUCCUUCUGUAGAAAAACUGACUGACUGCUGGUCAGCUACUCUAAAACAAUUAAUUUCCGUGGCACUUCAAAUGCAUGUUGUUCAAGUUAAUGACUCUUAAGCCACGGCAAAUUUAACCUUGGCAAAUUUAAGACUGUGGAUUUCAACUUCCCGAAUUCCCCAGCUGGCAUGGCCGACUGGGAAACUUCUGGGAGUUAAAAUCCACAGAUCUUAAAAGUUGGCAAGGUUGAACACCCCUGCUUUAAAAAAAAAAGCCUUGAUGUUGCUUUGCUUUUCAGGAGAAAGCUUACGACAAUAUUUUUGUCAUGGUUAAAAGUGUACCCACCUAGCUCACCGAAGGUGCUGAGAAUGGGGUUUUAGCCCUGCCAAUCUCUGAUGUGCAACUAUAAAACGAUUCAGAUUAUACUGUAGUCGUUGGGCCGAAUAGGUGGAGAGGAGCAUUGCAGAACGAACAGGAUCGCAUGCUUGGUCUCUCCUAGGUGCCUUUGACUCAAAAUCUUGCCUUGUUUUAAAGUUGUACACUUAAGAGACUCUCGAAAAAAAAUGCAGUUUGUAAAUUUAACCAGAUGCGCUUUAUGAGCUCUAUUCAUCUUGACAGAUCACAAUUUGGACAAUACUUCACCAAAGGUAGAAAAAAAAUGCCCUCUCAUCUUUAGGUGGAACCUUUAAGCCACUUUUAGAUGCUGUUGAGAAUUUAGUUUUGAACUUGCCUUUUGGUUUAAAUGUUUAAACAAUUUAUAGAUAAGUCAAUAUGUGAAGGAGAUGUUUACUUGUUUGGGGGUUUUGUCUUUGUUUUCUGGUUUGUAUGUAAUUUUGACUUCUAUAUCUCGCUUAGGACUUUUCUUACCAUGCCAAAUUAGAUAACUUAUUUUGUUUUACCAUCUAGAUAUCUUCAAUAAAUUCUUUUCUGAAUGCACUCUGAUAGGUUCCUCAAUAUUUUAGUUCAAGAUAUUUUCCUGUCAAUAACUCACCUGAUGUUACCUUACAAGUUACCUGAUGUAGUUUGAAGAACAGGAAGGUAACAACAGUUCUGGGCAUCAAAUUGCAAGAGACUCUAAUCUCAUUUUAUAAUCUUGAUUGAGGUAAUCUGCUUAGAUUCAGUUAGCUGUCAGAAAGCCUCCCAAGUAAUUUUUGGAAAGAUUUUGCCAAGACAAUUCUUUUCUUGGUUUUAAGGAAAUAUAUUCCUGGAAACGUGCACUUGGAGGGCUCAUACCCAAAUAAUUUGAAAGUUGCAUGGUUAUACCCCAAGAAAAUGAUAUAGAAAACAUGCAGGCUUCAAUUAUUCUAGAAUCUACUGCAAUGCUUACUAUUUGUGUCCAUGAACAGUAAAAUCCUACGUUACAUUUGAGUAGGAAAAUCCAGGCCUGCCCCUGGUUUGUUACAAAACUGGCCAUAAUAGUCCCAAGACUGAGGAAAUCUAUACUUACAAAUAAACCUUAUAUUAAUUGCAAUGGGUAUGAGAAUGGCAUCACUAUCAAUUUUGGGGGGGAAAGGUCAGAAAUUAUAACUGAACUGACAUGGAUAAGAAAAGAAAAAUAAAAUAGAAAGAAAAAUGGUUUUGUUUGACACAUGUAUGUAAUAAAGUUAAAUUAGGAAACCAUGCUUAACAGUUUAUAGUUUUUUGUAUCAAAAAUAAAAAAUAUCAUUAAAGAUCUGACAAAAAGAAUAUUUAAAGCGGAACUUACUCUUAGAUAAAAGCAUGUUUAGGAUUAGCUUAGAUGUCCCAUUUCUUUGGUUUGGCAGUUUACUACUGUCUUGUUUGCUGUAUAACUUCACUCAAUUUGAGUAGUUCCUAAAUAAACUUACAUUUACUAUGACUUCGGAGGUAGUGGGAACUACAGGUAUUUAACACUGUUUGAGAGCCAGUUUAGUGUAGUGGUUAAACUGCAGACUAGAAACUGGGAGAAUAUGAGUUCUAGUCCCACCUUAGUGGGUGAAAUUGGGCCAGUCGGUUUCUCUCAGCCGUAGGAAAGAGGCAAUGGGCAAUUACUUCUGAAAAACUUUGUCAAAAAAACUGCAGGAACUUAUCCAUGUAGUUUCUGAGAAUCAGACAUGAUUGAAUGGAACAAACAAACAAACACUGUUUAAUUGGAGCCCGAAAUAAUCUUUUUCUGCUCACCAAAAAGAACUGUUACAAUUUAUGGUACUACAGAACUAAUUAGGUUUUAAAAUUAAAUAUUUAUUUAAAAUCUACACAUAUAAUACAUAACAAACACUUUUAGUAGCAUUCUCUCUCUCUCUCUCUCUCUCACACA